AUGGGGAUAAGUGGUACAAAGUCUGCUUCUACACCAAUGGAAAUGAAUUUGAGACUCACUACAGUUGAAUAUAAUACGCUACUCCAAAGUACAAAUGAUCCACUUCUUGAUGACAUUCAUAGUUAUCAGCAGCUAGUGGGAAAACUGAUCUAUUUGACAAUCACUAGACUAGAUAUCUGUUUUGUAGUACAAGUUCUUAGUCAAUUCAUGCAAUGUCCCAAAAGAUCACAUUGGGAAUCAGCUAUGAGAAUGCUGAGGUACUUGAAGAAAACACCAGGGCAAGGAGUGUUACUGAAAAGAAGCAACAUCAACAACUUAACAGUUUUCUGUGAUGUAGAUUGGGCUUCAUGCCUCAAUACAAGGAGAUCUGUCACAGGGUAUGUUGUGCAACUAGGUGAUUCCUUGAUCUCAUGGAAGUCAAAGAAGCAUCAUCUUGUCAAUGAGGAGUUAUUGUUGAAUAUAAAAGCGUAA